AUGUCGUCAUCAGGUUUGUCUAAGCCGAAAGCUUCGCUUCUACUUGCAUGGCAAGUCCAGAAUAAACACUGUCUUGUAAUUGGAUCUGGGGAAGUAGCCUUAUCGAGAAUUAACCAUUUACUCAGAGCAGAUGCAAAAGUCACAGUAGUGGCUGGGAAAGACGACAAGAAAGUGCAUAAGGAUAUUUUUGAGUUAGACCAACAAGAAAAGCUCCAUAAAUUCAUUCGUAGAGACUAUCUCACGUCAGACUUGACUCUCUAUGAGAAUAUCCAUCUUAACAUUGGGGACUUGGACAAUAUUGAGCCAACCAAUUACGAGCAGAUACAGAACCAGGUGUGCAAUGAAGUGUUUGCUGUAGUUUGCUGCUGUAUAGACGAUUAUGAAUUGUCAACAAAAAUCUAUUAUCAAUGUAAAUAUUUGCGAUUACCGGUGAAUAUUGCUGACAAGCCCCAGCUCUGUGACUUCUAUUUCGGGUCUAUGAUUAACCAAGAUAACUUGCAAAUCAUGGUGCUGACCAAUGGGAAGUCUCCUCGAUUAUCCAAGCUCAUAAAAGACAAUAUUGCAAAAGAGUUCGUCGGAAUCGACCUCAACAUGGCUGUAGAAAACUUGGGUAUGGUUCGUACAAGACUACGUGAGCAGAUUGUCAUAGACGAUGACUUGGUCAGUAUUGAUACGAGAAUGACGUGGAUCAAAAACUUGACUGACAUGUUCAGUCUAAAGCAAUGGAGUGAGUUAGAGUUGAUUCCACCAAGUUCCGCGCCCCCGUUCGAUAACAGACACAAGUAUGUUGACAAUAUUAUAAAGUUCUUUCCUGAUUAUCCUCCUGCGGACUUUGACGAGUUCAAGAAAGUUGUUUGCACUUUGGAGGAGCAGAAUUGA